AUGAAGCGUGUGCUGGAAGAUGACGAAUAUCUCGCUCCGAGGCAUGUUGCAUACAAUGGGGUGGAAGCUCUCCAAUUAUGCCCGGAUGUAAAGGUGGAAUGUCUUACGAAGCCGAUUGAUGGCAAGGCUGUAGGUGGAGCUAUUAAAACCAGCAAAAAAUCAAUUCAGCUGGAUUUGGAGUUAAUUAUUCCAGCAGGGAGGGCCCGAAUGCGCCAUAUGACCUGUAUCAUUACGGAAACAGAAGAGGACGAGUUCCUGCUAGGAAGGUUGACGCUUGAGGCGCUUGGAAUUUAUGUUGAAGGACUAUUAGCGGUAUUAGCCAAUAAAGAGAUCGAUGAUUUUGAACCUUUCGAGUCAGAAACUCCGGUGAGCUUCAAUCCGCCUGACAAAGGGAGAAUUAUGGGACAGCUCUGUGAGCUAAUUAAUGAAGCUGUCACGAAUGGAUUUCCUGUUGACCGCAAACGACAGAACUGUGCCUAUACGAUGCAAACCUCGAACGUAUACACCAGCAGCGCGAGAAUAGAUGAGGUCAUUUAA